AUGGCUGGGAGUGGCUACACAGACCUGCGAGAGAAGCUCAAAUCCAUGAUGCCUUACCGGGACAAUUACAAGGGGGGCGGCACUCGAGACCCUGCCGAGUCUCCCUAUGGAGGCGCAGGUGGAGCUGCAGAGCGCAAGCGGAAGUACCACGAGGAUUCCGAGUCGGAGCCCAGCGACUGCGAGGAGCACCAGCGGGAGGAGGAGGAAGAGGCCCAGAAAGUCAAAAGCGGCAUCCGGCAGCUCCGCCUCUUCACCCCUGAGGAAUGCGCCAAGAUCGAAGCUCGCAUUGACGACGUGGUCUCCAGGGCUGAGAAGGGCCUUUAUAAAGAGCACACGGUGGAUAGGGCCCCUCUCCGGAACAAGUACUUCUUUGGGGAGGGUUAUACGUACGGGUCUCAGCUGCAGAGGCGAGGUCCCGGUCAGGAACGGCUGUACCCACGUGGGGAAGUGGAUUCCAUUCCGGAGUGGGUCCAUGACCUCGUCAUCCGCAAGCUGGUGGAGCAAAGGGUCAUCCCUGAGGGCUUUGUGAACAGUGCAGUGAUCAACGACUACCAGCCUGGGGGCUGCAUAGUCUCCCAUGUGGACCCCAUCCACAUCUUUGAGAGGCCUAUUGUCUCGGUGUCGUUCUUCAGUGACUCUGCACUCUGCUUUGGCUGCAAGUUCCAGUUCAAGCCCAUCAGGGUCUCCGAGCCGGUCUUCUUCCUGCCUGUGAGAAGAGGGAGUGUCACUGUGCUCAGGUAAGGAAACUUGCAGGAGGCCUUUCCGAGUCAUUGGCCGGUUUCAGUUCCUGAAUUGAUAGCUGCACAUCCAGACACAUUUGUGUAUUGUGUGUUGAUUUUGUAUAGUAUGUUCCAAGUGCUAAAUGUUUUGUGAUCCUUGCUUGUCUUUUACAGUUGCCAUUAUUCCUGCCUUACAAUUUCUGGAACAGAACCUAAAAGAGCAGGUGACUUGUGUGUUGGGUCUGCAGGUGACCUUACAAAGCAACUUAAGUGAUUCCCACUGACUAGCAGCAGCUUUCAAACCUGUCUUCUAGUCAGCCCUAAGAUGGUUUGAAAUCUCAUCCAGGACUCCUUACUGAUAAGAUCUGUAAUGAUAGGACAAGCAUCUGAGUUUGUUGCGCAUUAUUAAUCUUCUCUGCUAUAUGCAGAUGCAAGGACUUUGGGGUUCUAAGACACAUCCUCAGCUUGUGAUCAGCAAGAGCAAACAGCACAGCCAGCACAAACAGUGCAGAAUGCAACCUGCAAUGUGCAGGGGGUCCUCAGCAUAAAAACUUGAUGCAAGAAUGCUUCCCAAGGAACUAUUGAGGCAAGGUUCAUAAGAGCUAGGAGGAGCUUAGCUGGAGAGCACAUCAGCCGUAAUAGCUUGUGAUAAAUGCCACCCAGUUUCAGGGGUUCUGCCAAAACAAGCCUCCGUGGUUGGAGAAACUGCUUCUCUGCAAGCAUUAACCAGGGAUUGGGGGGAACCCCUGGCCCUCCAGGUUUGGCUGGACUACAAGUCCCAUCAACCAUGACCAGACCAUGCCAUCCUGUAGUUAAUGGGAGUUGGUGUCCAGCCAUAUUUGAAGGGCCACAGGUUCCUCACCCCUGCUAAUUAAUGUGAACUAAAGCAGGGCAGGUGGCUUUCCUUAUGAUGAAGAGUCUCCCUCUCAUCCCAGAGAGAAGGAACUCCAGAGAUGGGUAAUGACUGUGUGCUGGAAAAGAUAGAAGGCUUCGCUUCAGACUCCUGACAACAGGAGUCAACACAAAAGAAGCAGCAAGUCUGAUUGGAAGGAGUGCUUUUUCCACUCUGCCUUCCACUCCAGCUAGGGCACUCUCAAGCCAGAGUUGGAUGGCUUGCACCUUGUCUGGGAAUUUUCUUUGACUCACUGGGGGCGCCUCUGCCCCCCUCACAGCUUGAGAAAAACGUGUUAGUGGAGCAGAGUAAUUGUAUCUCCCAUGCAAACUGGUUUGAGAGGUCUCUGGCUGCAGUUGAUUCUCCGUAGUAGUAUCAUUCUGAAAGUAAAAACCCAAUACAAGCAGUAGCAAUCCUCCUAGGAGUGAGUUAAGCCCUGCAUGCAAAACCAGCAGUUGACCUUUCCUGCCGGGAAUUGGGCAGGGAGCCCUUGCUGACUGUACUCCUGAAUUGCCGCUGGUGGUAGUGUUUUGUCAUUUCUUGUCCACUGUCCUGAUACCAUGCAAUAAGGAAAGCUUUCAUAAGGGGAAAGCUAUCUCAAGCAUGCUAACCCUUUAGGGCUGAACUAAGUAUUAGCGUACCCAUUUUUCUACAGGUGUUUCCAUGGGUUUCUCCAAGCCCGUUUUCUGUUGGCUGUAGAGCCAAGACUGUUACUUUGCAAUAUGCAGUGCUGAUGUUUUCUGUAGCGUUCUCCUCUUCAAUUCCUGGCUCUGCUUUUUUCUCUGAAACUGUGUUUACAGUGUAAAUACUUGCAGGUAACACUAGACAGCAUUCCUUGUGGCGUUAGUGCCUGUGGAAGAGUAACUUCUCCAGGAGCAGAGUGUGAAAGGGCGCGAAAUGCUGGGUCAGGAUAAGCCUGUGACAAACUGUAUUUAUAGCCGUGUAAGCCAAAGCCAGCUCUCCGCCAGGAUGAGUCAAACAUCCCUAAUGGUUCCGCGUUGCCAUGGCAAAAGGAGGGCAACCAACAUUUUUUGGUCUGAGGAGUGAACACUUCUGCCAGUCUGAAAGGCUGCUUGAGGGGGUAACGUGAUCCCCUGCUUACAUUUGUAAAGCGAUCUCCGCAUGAGCCAGGAAGGAAAAUCUCUCCUUCACAUAAACACGGCCUUGCACAAUAGUCCAGGUGCAUCAAUAAUAAAGCAGCGUAAGGACUAAGCAUUAUCUCUAAAAGUGCGCACAUUAACCAAGGCUCACGCAGAAUUACAUGUGGCAGGAACUUCCAGGAAGGGGCUGAGCAGCUGUGCACUCUGCAGCUGAAACGAAACUCCGCCUGAUGCAGUUUGAUAGCAAGGAAGUGCUAAACACGGGAAAUAAUUUUGUCAGUCUAACGAAAGGUCUGUUGCAAAAUCUGGAUGGCUCCCACCAUGGUGUAUGCAGUAAGAAUUGUUGGCCCUACCCAUUUUUAAGGGAGAUACAAUUUAUGCAUAAUAAUGGAGGCAGCCUGCAGCUUACACUGGUUGCUAAGCCUGCUGAAGCCACCCGCUUCUGCUAUGGAGUUGCCAUGUGUGACUAGCAAGACUAACAGGGCUCUUGGCAUGCACCUGCCUCCCUGGCUGUUUCAGAUAGCUGAAGACAGUGGCAUCCCUUCAAAAAGAUGACUAUCUCUUCUUACCUUGCUCAUCUGUGGUAAUGUUGCAGGGAUGCACCCCAAAAGGGGAAAUUGGUACCCUAAGACUUGUCCCAGGUGAGCAGGCAAGCGGCUUUUCAGAAGCCUUGCUUUGUACUCAUGAAUUCUUUGCUUUAAGGGGGCAGUGGCUUUUCCUUUUGUCCGAAGCGUUCUGCUCCUGAUUCUGAUAGAGAACCAGCUGCCCUGUUAGUUUUGCUUUGUGGCAACUAUGUCAAAUGUAAACCUAAUUCAUUAAGAAAGGAAUGGCUGAAAGAACUUCACCUGUGCUUCAGAGUUGCCAAGUUGGAGGGAAGGAGUGGAAUGGAAUUCCAGAUUAUUUGACCAUAUGAGCUUUUCACGGAUGGAUGGGUGAAGUCCCCUCUGCAUAGAGCAGCAUGGGUCUACUGCAGCCUACAGUGUCUGAGUCAGUUCCUCACGGACAGAAACAGCAUUUCCACAAGUCUUUUCUAGUAGCAGAAAUCUUCUAGAAUUUCAGUAAGCCUACGGGUGGGUCACCGUCCAGCACCUUCACUCUCCUGUUCCAGCUUGCCUGGUUUCCAAGAAAAGAAGGCAGCAUUAAGCAACUAGCACACUUUAAACGCAGAAAUUACUUCAGCAGCUACUAAGCUUUUGGGCAUUAACUAUAAAAGGGCACCUUUCCAUGGGAGGUUGGCCUGAGCAGAAAGUCUGCACUGCCAGUGCAGCGCCCAGCACUCCUAGAUCUGCUUGGCACUGCCAGAAUGGACCAGGCCAGUGUUCCAGUCACAUGGGCCAGCUGGGAAUAAAAACCUGGUCAAGAAGGGAGGGAGUAGUUCUAAAUACGGCUGCUGCUGUCGAGAGGGCUGGCAGGGAGAACCUAGCCAAAUAGAAGCAGCAUGCUUGUUAUGGCAACAUGAGUCUUAAUAUCGCUUGGUCAGUGGCUUUUGCUGGUAGCGGAGAGGUUGAUGCAACAGUUUGCUUUCUGUUUACAGGAGUUAUGUGGGCAGGCACUUACGCUUUGCUCACCAUCCUUGUUCUUGAGUGUCUUAAGAAUGCAGCUUCCUAAUUCUUGCCUCCUGAUUGUUCAGCACAUGACUGCUGUACCGCCCUAGCUGAUAUUUAUAUGCUUUUUGCAUGGGAGGAGAGAAUCUGUAAGUGCCGCUUCAAAUGUUAACGAAGAAAUGCAGGGAAUGGGAAGCGCAGUCCGUUGUGAUUCCUGUUCUCUACAACCUGGUUGAGAGGGGGGAGUCACUUUGAACUCUCUUGAGAGGCCUUAAAACAAGUUGAUGAGAUGCCCUUUCACAGAGACAGUGUCUCCUCCCAGAAGACUUACCUGCUCCUAGUGUAAAUGAUCAGGGUUUUGCGGCGCUAUUGGGAAUUUCUACUCCUGUGAAAUAGUGUGCAACUAGUUAGGUAUGAUGCUGUACAUAGUUUUUGUAACACUGAACAAGCAACAUCCCACCCCCCCACCCCCAUUUUGGCAAUGAUUGCUUUCAGGCAUGGGCUGAUGGCCAACUGGGGGAGCCCACCGUACCUGACAGAAAUUUUUGAAAUCCGUAGCUGCAAUGAAGGUGUGUCUUACUGAAAUAGAACAACCUAAGUCUAUUUUCUGUCAUAUCUGAAUUCGGUCGCUUUUGUACAGUGACUUUUGGAACUCAGACGUCUCUGCAAAUCCAUCCAUGAAAGCCAAUGCACAUAUUGUUGCUGUGCUGCUAGGAAACUUCAUAGCAAAGUUAUUGAAAUGGUCAGUUUGUGGGGGUUGGGUUAUGCAGGCAAGGUUUGAGGUGUAUUAACAAUACAAACAAACUGGUUUUAAUAGUCAAGGGUUUCUCAGUGAACUCUGGGAAUGGUAGUCCUGUGAGGAUGUUAAGAAACUAGUCUACUAAUACCCAGGAUACUCCUGAAACCACUCUAGAUAAACUGGGCUUAGCUUAGUGGAGAAGACAAGCCUACCUGGACCCUGAGAUCGUCAUUUGAGGCCCAUCUCUGAGUGUGUCUCAUUUUCCAAGGCAAGGCAGAUUCAGGCAGGUCCUUUUUCGUGGUGGCACUCAGUUUGCAGAAUGCUGUUGCCCAGGACUCUCAUUUGUAUCAGGGCUACUGAUACUGGGAUCUUCACAAACACGUGGCUUCUGUUCGUGGCUAAUGAUAAUGGUAGCCAGGGAAUAGAAGGCAUUGCUUCAGUAUUUCCUGACUGCGAGCAGUUCAUUGUAGCCUUCUGCAAAGGAUCUUGCUCCCAGUUCCUCUGAACAGGAGAAAUAGUGCUUUGAGUGCCAUUAAGAUUAACAGAAUUACCCAGUAGUCAUGGGUCUGGAAUCAGGGAAGUGCUGGAUAUUGAAAUCUUGGCUGAGCCCUCAUGGUCUUUGCAGCUAUGUUGUAAUGCAGAUCCUGUCAAGGAUCUCAAAUUGAACCAAAAUGUUUCUCUCUCCCCACCCCCUUUCCCUAUAAGAUCUUGGGCACAGUUGUCAGAAUAUAGUUACUGAGUUUGCUCACACUCCCACCCAAACAAGCUAGAUUUUGUCCUGUGUUCUCCUUUCCCCCGCAUCCACCUUCCUGCACCAGCAUUCUACCUCUUCAGGUAGAUGCUUACCUGAGCCACUGGUCUCUGCAGCCCGAAAAAGAACAAGGUAGACUCUUGGGGAGGGAAGGUGGGAAGAUUCUUACAUUGGGAAUUUGAAGACUCCAGCAAAGCUGGCCCACGCUACUGCAUUUGAUCUGUGGUUAUGGGUGGCAGCAAGGGUUUGGAGUAGGUGGUGGAACCAUGCAAGCAAUGGUCUCUGUGGCAAAUAUUUUUAUAUGGCUUUCUCAAGAGCAGGGGUGGGGAAGCUGUGGCCUUCCUGAUGUUGUUGAGCUCUGACUCUCAUCAUUCCCUGCUGUUGGCCACAUUAGCUACAGCUGUUGGGAGUUGGUGACCCCUGCUCUAGAGGAUCUCAGGGCAGGAUGGUGGUCCCAGGUAAUAUGCAAUCAAUCCCUGAUAUCUCGAGAUAGGACUGGAAAUGUUCUCUGUCUGAAAUCCUGGAGAGCCACCGCUAGUUAGCAAUACUGAGCUACCUGGGCCAAUGGUCUGUCUCUGUAUAAGGCAGCUUCCCACAUGAACCUGAGAAAAUGGCCUUGUCUGCUGUAUUGAUGGUGAGCCAGUGUGGCAUAAUGGGUAGAGUGCCCGCUUAGGACCUGGGAGACCAGGGUUCAAAUCCCCAUUCUCAAAGCUCGUUGGGUGAGCUUGGGCCAGUCCCUGUCUUAAAAUACCUCACAGGGUUGUUGUUUGUAUAAGCUGUGGAGGGGGAAAGCAUUGUGCGCCACCCUGAGCUCCUUAGGAAAAAUGGUGGAAUAUAAGUGAAAUAAAUUUAAACGGUGGGCAGAGAUGUUAUGAAGGGCUGUAAGUGUUGGCUGAAGUUAUAGACAGAGCUGUUUGAUCACCAGUAUGGCUGAACUGGGGCUGGAGAGAAGCAGGAACAGAUACAGCCUUUUAAAACUGAAGUUGGCUUGGUUUGAAAUCCCUCUUGGAUCUUUCUCUUCCACAGUGGUUACGCAGCUGAUGAAAUUACACACUGCAUUCGACCACAGGAUAUCAAGGAGAGGAGAGCAGUCAUCAUCCUUAGGAAGUAAGUGGUGAAGCAUCUUUGAAGAGAAUGUAAUUUGUAUAUGUUUCUAAAGGGGAAAACAUCCUUUCACAUUCUUGCUGCUGCCAAUACUUUGAGCAGCUAAAACUGGUAGCAGCUAACGCAGAUGAUUCUGUCCUGGCUAAGCAAAAUCACUCUCGAACUUUGUGAGACAUAGCUGUUUCCUUGCUCCCAUUUAUGAGGCCCAUGGUUUGUUUGUUUUUAAAAUGUUAAGCCGGGCCUCGUAAACAAGACGCAGGGAGGAACCUGGGGCACCUCUCGAUGACCCAGUAAAUCCUGGGAAACCAUAACUCUGUUGGGAGGCCGAGGAAGUGUUUUCUUAGCAUUCUCAAAACAUCCUGCCCCUUCCUAGCACUUAACUGGUAAAACACAUUGUGGUCUGUUUUGAAGGCAUGCGGCCAGGAAAAGUGGAAAGAAUGGACUAGCCCCACUAAAUCUUCCUUAAAGUAACAGCGCUUCCUGCCCUUUCCAUUGGCUCGCACACAUACACCGGUAGGAAGCAGAGGCUUGGCUUUGCAAAUACAACUCAGAACAGCAGGCUUGGGGGGGCCACUAGGGGCGCAUUGGAAGAUGGCUGACAAUACCAUCUCUCCGACCCACACAGGGUAAUUAAGAGGCUGUUAUGGGAGUAGGCAGCCUCCCUUGUUGCCCCAAGGAAAUGGGGAACACUGCCCUUGCCUGCUGUGCCCAUAAAUCACCCCCUAAUUCGAAAGAAGGGGGUGAGGGCACUAGGCAGAAUGCCCCCGUGUGGACCUCAGCUCUCCUGGACGCUGUCUCUGAUCGCGCACUAGCUGCAGCAAUUUGGAAUAAUUAAUUACAAAAGAAGCAAAUGCACAUAUUUCAAGUGAAGAAGGGGAGUGAAGUCUGCUAAUUUAAGUGACCUCUGCAAAAGAAGAUGACGAGUUGGAGAAACAGGAAUAUUUUACGAUGAAGAUACACCAAAGGCUGGGUAUGUUGACAACGGGACUGAAUGGGGGGGACGACCUUUUUUACUUUCCUUCUAUGUGAUUUACAAGAACCCCUCCUCAUUAGAAUCGUCGGUUGAACUGACCCAAGCAGGAUGAUUAAGGUCUGUGUGGAGAUAAACUUUAACCAAAAGUAUGCUUUAUGGAGAUCGAGAAGCAAUAAGAGCUUUUGGAAUGGCGCAGCAAUUAAUUCGGAGUCGCCAUCUUGCCAAAGGAUUUAUAGCCGGGAGGAGGAACGGACUUGUUUUCAGACUGCAUUGCUGGUGGAUCUCCUCAGAGGUUUUGAGAAAGGGGGCAGAUUGGUGAAGAUUAAUGACGCUAAGAUUGUUUUGAUGUAUGGAAGUGAUGUUAUAUGGAAAACGUCUAGAUAUGGCUACUGGAUUAAAAAAAAAUAAAAAUCCACGCAGGAUUACAAACUGUUCUAACCAGCUUGUGGAGACUAUCAGAGGUCACAAAGAGAAAGGUAAAAUAUAUGAAAAUAACAACAAGAGAUGUGGAAAAACAGUAAGAAAGGACUGGAUAGUACUGUGAACAUCAUAAGGUUAGAUUUGUGGACAUUAAAACAGCAGCAAGAAGUUGAUUGGAUCCCCUUCGGAACUUGAAAUAUGGGUACCCCCAACAAAAAUUUAAAAUUCGGCUGUGUAAUUUGGAAUUUAUGUAAUUUGGUUUGAUUUGAUGUGAUUGGUCGGUUAAUAAAAUUAUUCUUAAAAAAUAAAUAAAAAAUAACAGAACAGCAGGCUUAAGAGGCCUGAGCAGUUGUGUGCUCGAUGUGGUUUUGGUGUGAGAGAGUUUGAACCCCCCUGACGUGUGGUGGGCUCACACAAUUGGCUCAAAGCUGAAGGUAAUCGCUGCACAAUACAAAUUUGGAGCUUCUCGCGGUGCAUUCUACACUACAGAGCAGGAUCCCCAAAUUUAGAUCUCCAGGUGUUUUUGGACUACAGUUCCCAUCAUCCCUGACUCACUGGUCCUGCUAGCUAGGGAUGUUGGGAGUUGUAGUCUAAAAGCAGCUGGAGACCCAAGUUUGGGAAACACUGCUAUAGAGUAAUGGUUGGCAACCUGCAGUCUUCCAGGUGUUGUUGAACUCCAGUUCCAUUAGCUCCAGCCAGCAUGGCCUGCGGUCAGGGAUUGAUGGGAGUUGUGAUCCAGUAACAUCUGGAGGGCCCAGGUACAGUGUGUGCGGCUUUCCUUAUAGAAUCAUAGAAUUGUAGAGUUGGAAAGGAACCCCGAGGGUCAUCUAGGCAAACCCCCUGCAAUGCAGGAAUCUCAACUUGAUCAUACAUGACAGAUGGCCAUCCAGCACCUGCUUUAAAAAGGAAGGAGAGUCCACCACCUCUUGUAGGAGUCUGUUCCGCUGUCAGAAAGAUCUUCCUGAUGUUUAGUCGGAAUCUCCUUUAUUGUAUCUUGAAGCCAUUGGUUUGGAUCCUAGCCUCCGUAGCAGGAGAAGACAAGCUUGCUCUAUCUUCCAUGUGACAGCCCUUUAGAUAAUUGAAGAUGGCUAUCUUACUCCUCAAUGGGACGCGGGUGGCGCUGUGGUCUAAACCACUGAGCCUCUUGGGCUGGCUGAUCAGAAGGUCGAUGGUUCGAAUCCCCGCGAUGGGGUGAGCUCCUGUUGCUCGGUCCCUGCUCCUGCCAACCUAGCAGUUCGAAAGCACACCAAAAAGUGCAAGUAGAUAAAUAGGUACUGCUCUGGUGGGAAGGUAAACAGCGUUUCCAUGCGCUGCUCUGGUUUCAGUGUUCCAUUGCGCCAGAAGCGGCUUAGUCAUGUUGGCCACAUGACCUGGAAAAACAAAUGCCGGCUCCUCAGCCUGUAAAGCGAGAUGAGCACCGCAAACCCAGAGUUAUCUGCGACUGGACUUAACUCUCAGGGGUCCAUUACCUUUUACCAUUUUAUUUUACUCCUCUCAGUUUCCUCUUUACCAGGCUAAACAUACCCAAUUCCAACAACCAUUCCUCAUAAAGGCUUGGUUUCCAGACCCUUUCUUAUCUUGGUCGCCCUCUCACAGGAGUAGAUAACCCCAUUGCUGCCUUGCAGGCUGGGUUUGCAUCUCCACUCGAGAGAGUUGGAAUUGUAUCCAUGAUUUGUGGAAUCCUUGGCAGGGAAAUGGGAGAGUGUCAGGUUGCUAGUCUGCUAGUGGCCCUGGUUGUGAGCAAUGUCUCCAGGAAAGUGCAUCGGACAGGGAGCUCAGGGGCUCCAACCCUUGCAAAACAUGGCGGCUAGGGUCAAACAAUCCUCCGGCAGUGUUUGUAAGACUUUGGGGAAGGUUCCUUUACAUGUCUCGCACUUUCACCUCUGCUAACUCAGUACUUGCUUGAGAACAGAAGUGCGUAAUGAGGAAACUAUCUUAACUCCGAUUCUCUUUGAGUGGAAUUUUCCUGAACAGCCUGGUAACCGGCGUGGUCAUAAAAACUUCAAGGCAGUGGAAGCGUAGCAAUAUUUAUGGAUCCUUCCUGCAUGCUCUGGGCUGCUAUGGAGGGUGGCUGCAGAACAGCCUGGCGAUCUCCGAGGCGGAGUUGGUGGAGCGACCAAGAAAGAAAUUGGCUUUCAGCUUAAGAGCAGAUGGAAAAACACGAGGCUGUAGCUCAGCUCCCAGCUAGUUUCCGGAGCAGGUUGCAAGAUUAUUUUACCCCUGUACUGUUAGUUUGGGACAACCUCUUGAGCUACUUAGAACUUUAAGGAAUUUGUUUGCCUGAUGAGAAAUGGUACCUGGCAAUGUGUUGAGGGGCAGGAAUCAUAGAAUCAUAGAGUUGGAAGAGACCACAAGGGCCAUCGAGUCCAACCCCCUGCCAAGCAGGAAACACCAUCAGAGCACUCCUGACAUAUGGUUGUCAAGCCUCUGCUUAAAUUCUAUCCUAGAAAGCAGGUAAGCAGAGCUCCACCUCUGGUUUCUGAGUCUUCAUUAAAUGCUGCGUGUAGACAUUCAGAUAACAGGAUUUGGUCCAGCUGAAGUAGAUUUGGUCAACUGACUGAUCGAGAACUGGGCAAGUGUUGGUUUUAUUUGAGCAGUUAAAAAGAUUAUCUUCAUCAGACUUGAUACUUAUGCAAAUUACUUAACAGUUUGGACAAGUAACUUCUAAGACAUCUUUAGUUUUGAGAGAGUUUGGUAAGGUUGUUAUAAACAUCAACAAGUCUCUGGAUGGUCCACCCCUUUUGGCUUUUCUCAUGGAAUUGCAAUAUCUCUGUUUAAAAAUAAUAAACAUGAAAUGCAAGCCAGAAGGAAGCAGAGCAGCAGCGAAAUAUGAAAACGCAAAACGUCUGUUUUGAAAAAGUAGUUAUGCUACGUUGACAGCAGGCAAGCAUCCUCUGGCACUGAGACUUCUUGGAAUAUUUGACAGGCCUCUUGACUGGUGUGCCAAUCCUACAAGCUCGGGUGCUUUUUUCUUCUUAUGGAAAGAUUGCUUCACAAAUGCUGGUUUCUGCUCCAGUGCCAAACGCUCUGCUUGGAAUCAUGCAGCGAGAGAGGCCAGCGGUCAGGGAUGCUGGGAACUAUAGUUCAGCAACAUCUGGAGGGCCACAGGUCCCCCAUCGCUGCCCUGCAACCUGCUACGGAUAAAGGACAUGGCUUCCUUUCUGCGAUCCUUGGACCACCUGUCCCCUUCCAAUUCCACUAGCCCAUGUAUCCAUUUGGCACCUGCCAAUUCAGUUCAGCAUGUGGCUUCUAAGACAAAUGGGCAGAAGAAGCAGGGUGGGCCAUGCAGAAAGCUCUAGUCCCAUUUGUAGCCCCAGGAGCAGCGUUGCCCUCUGAGUGCGUGUCUCAGGUCCCAGUCAAACUCGUGGUGCCAGAGGAGGGGUCCUGUGGGCAGGUGUAGCUGGGGAAAUCCAUAAUUCUAUCCUAGAAAGCAGCUUCUGCAGAUCAAUAAACAAACGGCUUCUGCACAUGCAUACCAAAGUUCGAGCUGAAAGCAUACACACUGCUUUUUUCUGUCAUGUGGGCUGUGGAAGUCUGCCAUUCCUGGGGCAUCUGGGGUUUCUUUCGGAAGAAAGCUGGGAAAAUCCAACUAGAGUGUUCAACUGCAUAUAUAUCAGUGAACUGGUGUCAGAUUCAAUUUAGGUCAGCAUUUCUGUAAAUGUUAACUGACUAUCAUGCUAGGCGAGUGCUCUGGUUGGUGCCCAGUUAAGAUACAUAUGAAAUACGGAUUUCGGGGAGGGGAGAGGCACUUUUAAGUUUCCUCUAGCAACAGAUAGGGAGGCCUGACUUUUGCUCAUCAGAUCACAUGUGUGGCAUGUGGCCGCCUCCUCUGGCCUGCACCCCUGGGGCAAAUGUUGAAUGUUGGCACAGUGUCUCUUAACACAAAUUGUGUCUCCUGUUCCAAUGCAUCCGGUAGAAUUAGAUGAGCACUACUUUUGUUUCUUAACCCUUCCAGGACCAGGCUAGACGCUCCCCGGCUGGAGACGAGAUCCCUGAGUAGUUCUGUGCUGGUGCCAGGGUACGCCUCUGACCGCCUGUCAGGAAGCAACAGGGACCCCAUCCUGAAGCCAAAGAGGUCCCAUCGCAAAGCAGACCCAGACGCUGCUCACCGGUAAGUGAAUCUGCAACGGGACAGGGCAGGAGGAUGGCAGCUGCGCAUCGUAAAGAGAGGCAGGAGAGCUGCUGAGUUGUGUGGUUCUGUGGAGUGAGGAAGGAGUGACCUCUUGCUUGGCUUCUGCUGGUUUUUGCACGGCUGGGAAAGUCCACUUCAUAGCCCUGCGGGUGUCAGUCUUUGCACUCAAGUCCAAGUGCCACAAUUAAUGGAAUUGUGCAGAAGCAGUGGCUGCUUCUGGUUGCAAAAUGAGGCUGUGAGUGGAGAGGCAGGUAUUGGCACAAAAGAGGCAAACCUAUUACCUACACUCCUUCUGUGUGUGUGCUUUGCAGGUGGGGCUGUCUCUACCCUGGAAGUAAGGCUUAGAUGCUUCCACAGAGACACCCAUCCAUAAUUUAGGACCAGUGUGUGUGGAUAUAAUUUGGCUUUGGAGUGGUGUUGAACUCUUCCCAUGUGGUGCAGCCAUGUCAACCGCUGUUUGCAAUACAGCGUUUUGGGGUUAGGUCAAGGGUUCAAUGAAGGGGAGAGCCCAAAAUGUUACUGGAGGUGCACGACCUCCAGGUGUGCCUAAAGUAUCUGUUUGGCUCUUCACAUUGUUCAUCUUCCCUUAGCCUUUGAGGUAGGGUAGACAAUGAGCCCCAGUAAAAAGGUCAUGGCAUACUGUGCACCUUGUCACUUGGAUGGGGGAACCUGUGGCCCUUUAAAUGUUCCUCUGCUCCAACUCCCAUCAUUCCCAUCCAGUUGGGCAGUGGUCGGGGAUGUUGGGAGUUGGAGUCCAGCAUCAUGCAGAGAGCCACUGAUCUCCCACCUCUGGUAUAACUGUUCCAGUGAAAAGCAGCAGUUAUGAGGUAGUGCUAGAUAUAUAACCUAAUUCCCAAUGGCACCUUAGAGCAAUGCUACAGUCGCCACAAGGGAAUGUCUAGGCACCGUUUUCCCCCAGUGUUGUUGUCAAUUUCGUUUCAUACAACACACUAAAACAUCAAAUACAGUGGUACCUCGGGUUAAGUACUUAAUUCGUUCCGGAAGUCCGUUCUUAACCUGAAACUGUUCUUAAUCUGAAGCACCACUUUAGCUAUUGGGGCCUCCCACUGCUACCACACGAUUUCUGUUCUCAUCCUGAAGCAAAGUUCUUAACCCGGGGUACUAUUUCUGGGUUAGCGGAGUCUGUAACCUGAAGUGUAUGUAACCCGAGGUACCACUGUAAAACAAUUUGGAAUAAAACAAAUCGAAGCUUCAAGGAAAAUCUUUUAGAUCCUUCUCUAAGUGACGUUUUGCUUUCCCCAGUCGCCAGCCGGACACCCAGAGAUCUCCACAAGGUCACAGUUGGACCGGCGCCAGUCGCAAAAUGAGCCUGACUAAUUUAUAACACUGCCCCGAAUCCUCUCAUUGGUCUGUCUGUCUUUCUUUUCUCUCCUCAGACCUCGGAUUCUAGAAAUGGAUAAAGAGGAGAACAGGCGCUCGGUCCUCUUGCCCAAGCACAGGAGGCGGAGCCAUUUCAGCUCUGAGAACUAUUGGCGGAAGUCUUACGAGUACACGGAGGACUUUGACGAGGAAGAGGAGGACGGCAGUCCAGCUCGGAAAGUGAAGAUGAGGCGGCACUGA